CGGUCACCUGUCCGGAUCACAAAUCUGCAUUCGUCCCUGAUUGCUGUAUGGUGGUCAUUUUGUUUAGUUCCUUAAGAUGUUGCUCUUCUAACUACGUGAGCAGAGCUGGAGCAAUUCUUUUAGUAGAUCUCAAGAUGGAAAUGGAUUCGCUGAAGUUCACCUGCGCCCUUCGACCCAAGCGAUGUCCACAAGGAAGUCAGAAAAUUAAGGUUAAGCAAAACUGGCAGUCUGAAUGCUCUCUCACCCAUAGUUUAUCUUUUCCAAAAUGCCUCAUUAUGGAAAGGAACCCAGACAUUUUGAAAUCAGCCAGAGGAACCCAAGUACACACAAAUGGAUCUCAAAUGUAUCGCCUGAUUACGUGUACAUCUGUGCUUCUGAAAGCAUUCGAACAACUGGUAACUCCACGGAUUGUUACAGCCAUUCCGCUGACGGUGUCUAAAACUGUGCAUACAGAACCCAGAUUUCAACCCUAGAUGCAGUGACACAUCUUGUUAAUACUAGAACGUCUGCACUAGGCUAAAAAAGUAAAUCCGUG